AUGGAGACGCAGGUUUCUCAGCUGGUGGAAGAAGCCGUGCAGAGGAGCCAUGAUCAGUUCAUGGCCCGUCUCGACAACUGGCUGCUGGCGCUUGAGUGCAGGCUUUGUCACGACGAUUACGAGACACUUCCUGCCGACCAUCAUCAUUCUCCCCAUUCCCACAGCCACGCAAUCAGCCCGGCACUCCGUGCAGAAGGGACUAUGGAGCCUUCUGGCUCGGGUGAGGCCGAGGUCGAGGAAACUCAUCGAGUAGAGCUUGAUAACGCGACGAGCCCGAUGGCGAGCCACGAGGUGAAGCCUCAUCGUCCAUCCGAGCGCUCGCAGUCGAGCUACGAUCUGGCGAAACGGGAGGGGUCAAGGCUGGAGGUGUACAAGAAGCUCUACACGGAGAGCAUGCAUCCGGAUGCACCGAACGCAUGGCUUCGACAAGCUUGUCCCUGCAUUGUGGCUUUCGAAUCUGCUGCUCGGAGGAUCGUCACAUCGCAGCGCUUCGAGAUAUUUUUUGCCACAGUGCUCGUGUCAAACGCGCUGUACAUCGGAGCACAGAUCCAGUGGAUGUCCGCGCAUCCAACUGACCUCAUCGAUCCGGGCUUCACAAUCGUCCAUACCCUCUAUGCUGUCAUCUUCACCAGUGAAGUUGCGCUGAACUUGGUGGCCUUUGGCUUCAAAAAGUUUCUUUGUUCCAGUGGAUGGGCCUGGGCAUGGCUGGACGUCUUGGUCGUCUUCUCCGCGUGGAUUGAGCUUUACCUGGACAUCCAGCAGAUGAUGAACUCGCCGGCCUCGGGAACCAGCGUGCGGAUCGUUAGAGUCUUCAAGUUCACACGAAUUCUACAGGGCCUCAGGUCGCUGCGCAUCGUCCGCUACGUAAGCGGCUUGCGGAUUCUUGUGUAUUCGAUGUAUGAUGCCACCAAGUCCUUGCUCUGGGCGCUCAUCCUACUUGCACUGAUCAUCUAUGUCUUCGGCCUCCUUUUCAGCAGCGCGGCCUUGGACCAUGCAGUGACAGUGGGACCCGAUGUGGUGGACCCACAAUUGAAGCGAUUCUUCGGGUCCGUGGAUGUUUCCGUAACAACGCUGUACCGCUCUGUUCUGGGUGGACUUGAUUGGGGCGAGGCCGCAGGGCCACUAGGGACCGCCGGCUAUGUGUGGGUACAAAUCUUCCAGUUCUACAUCGGCUUUGUGAGCUUUGCCAUCUUGAACGUUAUGACGGGUGUUUUCUGUAACUCUGCGAUCCGAGCUGCGGAGCAUGACCAUACCAUCAUGAUGCAGAACAGAGUUCAGUUUCGAGACAUGGCUGCCGACCUCUUCAAGAAGAUGGACGCCAGCGGCUUCGGCCAAAUCACAAUAAACGAGUUCGAAAGCCUUUACGACGAUGAGGACAUGAAAGCAUUCCUAGAUUCCAUAGAGAUCAGCGCCAGCGAUGCCUGGACUCUCUUUGCAAGCUUGGAUCAAGAUGGCAACGGCUUGAUCGGCAUCAACGAGUUCACUGAAGGAUGCUUGAAGCUGCACGGUCCGGCUCGUUCAGUGGACUUGUAUGCCCUACGUCAGCAGCACUUGAAGUUCCGCGAGCAACUUACAUCCCUUGUGCAGAACCAGCACAAGAUCAUGGAGAAGCUGCAGACCAGGCCUUUGGUGCAUACCUCCAUUUUUGCAGUGUGA